UAGAGUGUUGCCCAUAGCUUGUGUGCUGUGUGUGUGUCUGUCGAGCGAUAUAACCACCCGGUGCUCAGAGCUCUGGUAGUGUGUGUUUCUGUGCGUUUGGCAGCAGCGGUGUUAUGUUGUGUACCCUCUCACUAGCUAUACUACUAUCGCUAUUCUCCAGUCACUAACUCGUAUUCAUACACUCAUUGGGAACAGUAGUGUCUCUCGAGUCUCAGUCUUACGCUAAGUCUCUGGAAACAAAAAGCCUAACCAAUCGGUCCGAUAGCCAGUCCCUAUCCGACCGCGUAUUUCGCUCAGUAGUACCGCUCUCUCGUUGUGUGCGUACGUCACCCCACGAGACCCAGUCUACUGACAUAUAAUUGUUUUAAUUAGUGAUCCGAUUGAGAGAUACGGUGCGAGAAAAAAGUUGUCGAAAAUAUUUUGCGGCAAAAAAAAGUUUGCGAAAACCCAAUUCUCGCGAAGAAUAUUCCGGGAAUAAUAUAUUCGCGACUAUUAUUAUUAAUUAUAUAAACGGAUUAUACAUUUGACUGUUGUUGUGAAAGUUUGUUUUAUUUGUUUGUUGAUUGUGUGCAGUGUUUUUUUGUGGGAUAUAUCUUAAAGAAUAUUUGACAAAACUUAUCAAGCGAAUUUGUUUGCGAGAAUAUUCUGUGUGACAAAACACCGCUAAUCGUAUAUAAAGUGACAGAAUAUUGUCGACCAGAAUUUCCUAGCAGAAUAUAUUGGGCAGUGAUUGUUGUUUGUGACAUAAAAAUAUACUUGCUAAUUGCGUGAAUUUAGAAAUAUUGUCCGGACUACAAGUGCGAUAUUUUGUUUGAUCGGGGCCUACAUUCUAGUGAAUAUAUUCACCUGGUUUGAAAAUAUUCAGCAUUAUAAUUGCAAAUCCAUCGCAAAUUAUCAGUAAAAACACACAAAUUAUUGUGCUUUUCAAGUGAUUUGUGACACAACUGUCCGCAACUGUAUAUUAAACUACAAUCUCUGUCUCUGUAUAACAAAAAUCUAGUGAUCAGUCUAUCAUUGCCUAAUCGCAUACCGGUGUGAAUAAGGCGAUACCUACUACGACUAGUUAAUUGCCAAAUAUAUAUUAGAUAUUAAUAUAUAAAUCUCAGCAACGACAAUAGAGUAGUAUAUUGUCAAGAUUGUUUGAUUAUUGUAAAUUUGUCGGUCACAAAAUAAGCCAGCAAAAUUGAUUAUCAAAUGGAAACCGAGUCGCAAACCGUUAGCAAUAAUUCUGCCAAUUCUAGCGAUGGUGUGCCCCACGACUCGCCCUAUGACCAGGACUUGAAAAUGUUUAUCGGCGGUCUCAGUUGGCAAACAGCCCCGGAAGGCCUUAGGGAGUACUUUAGCAAAUUUGGUGACAUAACCGAAGUAAUGGUUAUGAAGGAUCCCACAACUAGACGAUCGAGAUAUUCAUGCGAUGCCAUACAGACACUCGUGUGUCUCGUUGGGAGUGGUCUAUGGGGACAGUUAGCCUUGGAGAAAAUUUUUGAAACGCCGGCGCCCCUCCGACAUGCCUACCCCUCUCACAACCAUACAUACACUCCGAACACAUACCCUUCCACU